CAGCUCCAUCUUCAGUCAGAGCAAAAAAUUUUGGUAGCUUUUUUACCGGAAUUUCUACUCUUCCGGAAGGUUUUAAGCUAAAAGACGCCAAAUCUGGUCGAAAAAGGCGCACUGAUAAUGAAGAAUGGGUUCUUAAACAGCUUCGAUCGGCUGGAGUUUUACAGCCAGAUUAUAUGGACGUUGAGGAUAACCAACUUUUUGAUCCUGAUGAAGAUCUGGAAGCCGAGGAAGAUAUUGAAAUUAUCCGCGUUGAAGAAGAGCCGCCGUUUUUAGCGGGCCAAACUAAACUUUCCAUCAAUUUGUCUCCAGUAAAAAUAGUGAGGUGUGAAGGCCACAUGGCUCAUGCCGCCAUGACUCAAACGGCUUUAUCAAAAGAAAGAAGAGAAGUACGAGAAGCACAAAAACUCGCCGAAAUGGAUGCUAUUAAGGAAAGAGAUAUUAAUAAGGCUUGGCAUGACCCCACGGCUUCCGCCGACGACCGCGUAUUGGCUCACGGGACCAAAGAGCAGAUAUUCCGCUCCAACGAGAUGCCCGCGUGGAAAAAAGCGGCACAUGGGGAUAAAACAAUGAGUUACGGGAAAAUAACAAGUUUAAGUAUAUUAGAACAACGCCAGUCGCUCCCUAUUUUUACUUUACGGGAAAAACUUCUUCAAGCCGUCGAUGAAAAUCAAGUUUUGGUUGUUAUUGGUGAAACGGGUUCCGGAAAAACGACGCAAAUGACACAAUAUAUGAUGGAGGCCGGCUAUUCGCUCUCCAGAAAAAUCGGCUGCACCCAACCACGAAGAGUCGCCGCCAUAUCCGUCGCGAAGCGCGUGUCUGAGGAGGUUGGCUGUCGCUUGGGCGUUGAAGUCGGUUAUACAAUUCGUUUUGAAGACUGCACUUCUCCUGAAACUAAAAUAAAAUACAUGACGGACGGUAUGCUUUUGAGAGAAUGUUUACUUGAUAAGAAGUUGUCUCAGUAUUCCGUUCUUAUGCUUGACGAGGCGCAUGAGCGGACUAUUAACACAGACGUUUUGUUUGGCUUGUUAAAGAAUGUUGUUAAAGAAAGACCGGAUUUAAAGUUAAUUGUUACUUCUGCUACUCUUGACGCGGAGAAGUUUUCAAGUUACUUUUUUAGUUGCCCCAUUUUUACUAUUAAAGGGCGCACAUUUCCUGUAGAAAUUUUAUAUUCAAGAGAACCAGAAGAAGAUUAUUUGGAUGCUGCGCUUAUCACAGUUAUGCAAAUCCACUUGAAUGAGCCACCCGGUGAUAUCCUCGUAUUUUUGACUGGUCAGGAAGAGAUUGACACGUCCUGCGAGAUUCUUUAUGAGCGUAUGCAAGCGUUGGGUCCCAAAGUCCCAGAACUCGUUAUUCUUCCUGUUUAUUCUGCCCUUCCGAGUGAAAUGCAAACACGAAUCUUUGAGCCUGCAGUCCCCGGCUCUCGUAAAGUUAUAUUGGCCACUAAUAUAGCAGAAACUUCACUAACAAUUGACGGUAUUUAUUAUGUGGUUGAUCCCGGCUUUGUAAAACAAAAAGUAUACAACCCAAAAUCGGGCGUAGACGCGUUGGUCGUUACUCCAAUAUCUCAGGCGCAGGCCCGCCAACGGGCUGGACGGGCAGGAAGAACUGGCGUUGGCAAAUGCUACCGUUUAUAUACUGAAGCUGCGUAUCGUAACGAAAUGCUACAAACGGCAGUGCCUGAACUUCAACGGACCAAUCUCUGCUCAACUGUUUUAAGUUUGAAAGCGAUGGGCAUUAACGAUUUGUUAUCUUUCGACUUUAUGGAUCCGCCUCCCGCCUCGACUUUAAUAAGUGCGAUGGAGCAGCUUUACUCGCUUUCUGCUUUGGACGAUGAAGGCUUAUUAACGCGUCUCGGCAGAAAAAUGGCAGAAUUUCCUUUGGAGCCUCCACUAUCGAAAAUGUUGAUUCAAAGUGUUGAGUUGCAGUGCAGUGAAGAAAUUUUAACGAUAGUUGCUAUGCUAACUAUCCAGGCCGUAUUCUAUAGGCCAAAGGAUAAGCAAGCUUUAGCUGAUAGCCGGAAGGCCAGGUUUCACCAACCUGAAGGCGAUCAUCUAACUUUAUUAACGGUCUACAAUUCGUGGAAAAACAACAAGUUUUCCAACAUGUGGUGCCACGAAAAUUUUUUACAAGCGAGAAGUUUACGACGCGCACAAGAUGUUCGUAAGCAACUUCUCAGUAUUAUGGACAGAUAUAAACUCAACGUUUUGUCCUGCGGAACAAACUUUAACAAAGUUCGUCAGUGCAUAUGCAGCGGCUUUUUCCGGCACGCAGCUAAGAAAGACCCGCAAGAAGGUUAUAUGACUUUAGUGGACAACCAACACGUUUAUAUUCAUCCGUCCUCUUCAUUAUACCAACGUCAGCCGGAAUGGGUUGUUUAUCACGAGCUUGUUUUAACUACAAAAGAAUACAUGCGGGAAGUGACAGCUGUGGAGCCUCAAUGGUUUGUGAUUUUUGCGCCUUCCUUUUUCAAGAUUGCCGACCCAACUCACUUGUCUAAAGCUAAAAGACAGCAGAAGAUCGAGCCGCUUUACAAUCGUUACGAAGAGCCAAACUCGUGGCGAAUUAGCCGACUAAGAACUCACUAA